AUGGCGGACACCAAGGUAGAGACUAUAGCUCGACUCGCACAGUGGAAAAUCGAGAGCUUUGGCCCAACUUCUCCCUACAAAAGAUCCGACCCGUUCAAAAUCGGUAUUUGGAACUGGCAUUUAUCGGUGGAGAGGAAUCGGUCCACGUACAUCCGGCUUUUCCCCGAACCUUCGCGGGUUUCCAAGGAGCAGCCGCCGGUCGCCCGGUUUGUCAUACGCGUCAACCCCACCGGCUCCAAUCGCAGGCCCUACGUUUCUCCCAUUCAUGAGAGACUACUCCGGACAAGUGAUGACUUUGCCUGUAUUGUCGACAUCAACUUCCAUGGCCGUUUCACGAUUGAAGUCGAGUUUCUGGACCUUAAGAUCUGCCCUUUAAAUGGUGGAGAAGGCAGCUCCAUAUGGCCCACAGACGCCACAUUGCAGCACCAGUCGGCUCAAACCACCCUCCGAAGCCUCUCUCGUAUGCUCGAAGAAGGCAUCCACGCUGACCUCAUCAUCACCACCGCUGAUGGCACUCUCCGGGCCCACAAAUCCAUACUCUCCGCAAGCUCCCCCGUUUUCCACAGCAUGUUUCAACAUGACCUCAAGGAAAAAGAGUCCUCGACAAUCGAGAUUCAAGACAUGACUAGCGAGUCGUGCUUGGCCCUUCUCAGCUACUUAUACGGCUCGAUAAAUCAAGAAGACUUCUGGAGGCACCGUUUGGCUCUGCUGGGCUCGGCAAAUAAGUAUGAUAUUUCAGACUUGAAAGAUGCUUGUGAGGAGAGCCUCUUGGAAGACAUAAACUCGGGGAAUGUGCUCGAGAGGCUGCAAGAAGCCUGGCUUUAUGGGCUGGAGAGGUUGAAAAAGGGUUGCUUGAUGUAUUUGCUCGAUUUUGGGAAGAUUUACGAUGUGAGGGAGGAGAUGAACGAAUUUUUCAGGCAGGCUGAUCGGGAGCUCGUGGUGGAGAUGUUCCAGGAGCUGCUUGCGGUUUGGAAACUGAUGUAA